GUUUGUAGAGUAAAAUUCUUGGAAAUCUCAAUUUUUUUCUUUCUUAAAACUUGAACUAGUAAUCACUCUGCUCUCUUUGUUCUCUUUUAUCUUUCUUAGCUGAACUACAAGAAUCCCGAGGGAGAUGUGAUUUUCAUAAAAUAAAAAAUAAUGACCAGCAGAAGGAAGGAAAUAAGUUUUUAAUGAUUCUGAAAAUUCUCUUCACAAAACUGCAAGUUUUUUGAUGUAUCGUAUCUGUAAAACAAUAGUACUGUCCCAAAUGCUGGAAAAGGAAGAGAAGGUUUUUUUUAAAGUUUGAUUUAUGUUAUUUAUUUAUUUAUUUUAAGGCUGAUUGAGGCUUUUGUGCAUCACUUUAAGCCAUUAAGAAACAUCUCUGGACCUGAAUCUGCAAAACCUUUCCCAUGUUAGUAAUGGUUUCAGUGAGAUGGCUUGUGUGAGGAAAGACGCACGUGAGUAAAGGAUUGAACCUUAAACCUGUAGAAUAUCUGCACUUUUCAAAACACUCCAGCUUUCCUGGAAAUUAGGAAAUUGAGAAUCAAGGGCUAUGUGGUUGUAUGGUGCCCAUCACCUCAGUAUCUGAGUGCCUGAAUUAACUUUACACUGAAGGAUAAUUUGCAGAAGUUACAAGAAGUUAUACAUUUAUAUUAAAUUUCCAGGUAUGGGUGCAUUCUGCAUCAGUGACAAAAAGGCAGUAUGUUUCUCUGGGGUAUGAGCUCAUUCAUAUGAAGAUUUUUUUUAAACAGCAAAAAUAUAGCAGAAGUAUCCAGACCUGUGGUCCUGAUGCAGGGAAAACUCUGAGAUCAAUGAGACAUUAGCUUUGGAGGGAGCACAGUAAUGGGUAAUGAAAAUGUUUGAUAAACUGAUUUUGAGUCAAGUCCUGCAGCCCUAUGGAUUAAUCCUGUGAGGUCUGAGUGCUGUCAAGUCCUGUGGAAGCUGAUGGUUCUGGUUCUGGGGUUCCUUACAGCUCCUUUGAGCUAGCUGCAAAGCUGGAAGAAUACUGUUAUUCCCCUCAUGGAAUACUCCUGGAGUAUGGGUGCUUCCCCAGUGUUGAAGUGCUAGUGAAACUGUCCUAUGCCACAAUCCCCUUUGAAGCCACUGGCAUAUAAGGGAGGCAUAGGGUGUGUUGCUGGAGCACAUUGCACUUCUGCCUGCUCUGGCUGCUGGUCAGCCUUAUAGGGCAGAUUCAGCAGAACCUAAAUUAGAGCAGCCCCAGAGGCUGUUGUAGUUUGCUCCAAGGACUGCUCCAGUUCCCAGCCAGUCCUAUAUCUACGUACUGCAAAACUGGCAUAAAGCCACUUUUAUUACCCAUCCUGCCUUAUGUCUGCAGUGAAAUCACUUUGGCUGGCAGGGAGAAUCAGGACCAAUUGAAGGAAAACAUAAAAAUAAACACAUUCAACAGACACCUUUUAUUAAAAUGUGCAACCCCAGGGACUGGCAGAAGUGGUAUAUUUUCCUCAUUCAGCUCUGAGGGGAAGAAACAUUUGGAAAGCUGCAGCUAAACGUGGGGAAUGAUGGGGAUCUGAGUAUGUUUCCAGCAUGCAGCACGUUCCCAAAGUUUCCUCCCUGCAACUGCAUGAACUAGCGCAUCAGAUUUAGCAAACACAUUUCAGUUAUUAGAAAGAGGCCUCCUCCUUUUGCCUUUCCUGGGCUUUCUCUAUGGCUCUGUGCUCUGCUGCCUGUGUCUGGCUGGAAGUGAAAUGCACUAGAGCUGCUGCUGCUCCUUUUUUUUUUUUUUUUUUUUUGAGACUCCAAAAGGAUCUUUAUUCCCUUUCAUGUGCCGCCUCAGUCCAAUAGGAAUCCAGAGGCUGCCUGCAAGUGGUCUAAUCUCAAUGAGGUGUCAAUCAUGUUCCCUGGUGGGUGAAGUAAGGUCUUUUGUAACCGCCUCUGUCUUUGGGAAAAGAGAAGAGAGAGGAGAAAGACUUCAGCAGAGAGAGGAGGAACGCAGGACCGUGCUGCAGAAGGGGAACUGAGAUUUGAUUUUUGCUUUUGCUUUAGCAGGGGGGAAAGUGGAGCACAUGGAUUUCUAAAAACGUUGGGAUUUUAUAUAUAUAUAUAAAUAUAUAUAUAUAUAAAACCCACCACUGAAAACAGUCCAAUGAAUCGCAAUUGCAGAUCAAUGCAGAGAAAUGGGGAAACUUCACUCGAAACAUGCUGCCGUUUGUAAACCCAGAGAAAGUCCAGAAGGUGAUAGUUUUGCAGUGAACGCCUCUCUAGCUCGGAAAGGGAUUGAGGACUGGAUGGUGAAGCAGAAAUACUUCGGUAGCAGCGGGGGCAGCAGUACGGGACUCCUGCAAGGCUGCCAGCACCGGGCUGUUUGCAGGCUCUCCAGCACCAGGGAUCCGUCUGGUGAAGGUUACAGAGAGACAAUUGGUGAUGAACACUUUCGUCUAGAAGUGGCUUUGCCUCCAGAGAAGACAGAUGGAGUUUGCAGUGGAGAUGAAAAGAAAGCUGGGAAAGAAAGUGACACACGUACAAGUUCCAGGAAACAACUAAAAUUUGAAGACAUUACAAGCUUGCUUCAUACCAUCUAUGAGGUAGUUGAUGCAUCAGUAAACCACUCCCCUAGUUCCAGUAAAACUCUGCGAGUGAAGCUUACUGUGGCACCUGAUGGAAGUCAAAAGAAAAAGAGUAUCUUACUAAACCCUGCUGAUUUGCAGAGCUCUAGGCACAGAGCUGAAAGCAAAGCCAGUGAAGAGCCGAGAAGCUCUGAAAAGAAGCAGCGGGCUUCUCUCAGAUAUCACCCCGGUGACAACAACCCUGAGCAGAGUGGGUGCUAUCGCCAUUGCGUGGAUGAGAACAUUGAAAGGAGAAACCACUAUUUGGAUCUUGCAGGAAUAGAAAACUAUACAUCAAAAUUUGGACCAGGAUCUCCUCCAGCCGCUCAGAAAUAUGACCCACCAAAUAGAGUUGUGAAUCAGACUAGAUCCCGCUCUCAUGAACCUGAAAUCUUCCAUGCCCACCAUAGGAAAUCUCAAGUGGUGGACCCCAGCCACAUCAAUUUGGCUGAUGCCUCAUACGCCAAGAUUGCAGAAAUACAACAAAGGCUGCGCAAUCAGGACUCAAACAAGCACUUUGUUAGGUCUCCCAAGGUCCAGAGCAAAAGUGUAGCCUCUGUUCACCCUGGAAGGGCAGUAAGGAAUAAACCUCUUCAAGGGGCAUCCAUGCCAAUGGCUUCCCCAACUGCACGGGUGGGCCAGAAUCUUCCUUACCUCCCCAUGCAGUCCCAGCAGGCUCACAAGAAACAUAAGCAGAGGGCAAAGGAGAAUCAUCACAUGUGCAAAACCUUACAUUCUCCGGGGACAGUUGUGGAAAAAGAGCAGGUGAGAGACCUGCCCACAGUCAUUUUGUAUGAAGGCCAAGUUGGACAAAUGAUCCAGAGACAUGAACACCAUCACCACCAUGAGCACCACCACCACUAUCAUCACUUCUACCAGACAUAAAACCGAUUCCACCAACAUCCUCCAGGAAUCCCCCCAUAUGAAGGAAAUGCCUUCCUGUGACUUCAGACUAAGGCAUUAUUAUGAUUAAUAUUAUUGUUACUCCGUUAAUAUUCAGCUAGCGUAUAUUUUAGAAAUUAUAUGAAACCAUUGAAACUUACACUAUUUAUAUGUUGUGAAACUGUAUAGCUUACUUAACAACUUAUUGAUAUUGGUUUUUAAGUGGCUUGUAAAACAGCAAACAGCCAUAGCUUUCUGAGCUGUGAUUUAAUGCAGGUCAUCAACGCACUUCCUUUACAAGUACUUCCUUCAUUGUAUUAGAAAAAGAUACUUCAAACAACACUGCAGACAUCUAGCUUACCAGUCUGCCAUAUGUCGGCUUAUUGCACACAAGCCUUUUAUCAGGGGAGCAAUGUUCGAAGGUUUGGACUCCGGAAAUACUCAGAAUAACAGAAAAUACAAACAGCUGCUACCUCUAGUAUUAUUCAAAUUUUCUUUUCUUUUUAUUGAUUGUAAUGUGCUACAAGGGGAUUUUAAUAUACUGCAUUCAUGUAGCCUGUUUGUGUUGUACUUUCACAUCUUUUCAAGCUAUCUUAAUAAUUACAAGGAAAUAUUAGCUAUAUUUGUCAACAGAGCUACAUUUUACAACUGAUACUUUUUUUUUCCCUUCAAGGUUCUUUACUGACUCAAGUCCAGUCUGUUAGAUAUUGAGUAGUAUUUAAAUAUACUUCAUUUUUUCUUUUAUUUACUCUCCAUUCUGCAUUGGGAAACCAUCUUAGAGGAAAGAAAAGAGGUGGAUGUGAAAUGGGUUUUUUCAAAACCAUCACUAAAUCUUAAUGCUUGGGCCAUAACUAACAUUCAUUGUUUUGUUUUGUUUUUAAUCCACAAUUCUUUGUUUUGAGAAAGAAUUGGAGGAAAAUAUACUUUCUCACUUUAAAUGUUGGCAAAUAUAUAUAAAAAUAUAAAUAGAUAAAUAUAUAUAUAUAUAUAUACACACACACUCUCAGGUACAUUUUCUUGUGUUUUAGAAAUCUGUGGUUUGAAUAUUAACAUUAUUUUUUUCUUACAGCAGUGACUUUUUAGGUAUGUUAUAAAACACAUAACCCCUGGCAUUUUCUUGAUGCCUGCAAUUUGUGUUUCCCCAGCAGCUACAGCUUUGCUCUGCUCCUUUUUUAAAGACAAUUCCACAUGUAAAGAACGCUGCUCAGUCAUUCAGGCCUCUACCACUCUUUUCAUAUCAAAGGGCUUCCAUUCCACAAAGUAAAAUGAGGCUAGACCUAUGAGACCAUUAUUGGCUGCUGAGAAAUUUAAAGGUCAAAUGCAAUUGGAAAACAGUGUGACAAAAAAGUCAGUAAAUCUGAGUUUUGCUUUCUCUGAGGCUCAGAUUUGUAGUACAUUUGUACAGUGCAGGCAAAAGUGACUAAAUAGCAACUGCUCCAUUUCUUUUGGAACUAAAAAAUAGAGUUCUGAUCACAUAAAAAUGUAACUGUUCUAUCAAACAUAUUUGCUUUUGGUUUUAGUUUCUUUUAAUUAUUUGUGUGUUUUGUCUACAAUGUAUAGUGUGAAAUGUUACUAUCUCCCAUUUUUAAGGGCCCUUUAUGAAUAGGGCAUGUUUUGUUGCAACUACAGUCUUGAUCAGUUCAAGAUGGGAGAUUUUCCUGCUGCUGAGCAUUAAAACUGUUAGAAGGAUACUGUCCUAGGGAAGAACACAGAGACAUCAGCAUUUAAAGAAAACAAUAUUGAAAGCCUUGCCUGCUUGUGGAAUUGGAGAGAAAUCACUGCUUGUGGGCAAUUAGUUCCAUCUCAUUUCUCCCCAAACCAGCAGUUGUUUAGACUUAUUGUCCCUUUUAAAAAUCUGGUUUAUUUUAAUUUCUUUUUUAGACGUCGACAUUGUGUUCUGUUAAACCUAGCAAAAUGUUUUAAAGUGUGUUUGAUCUGUGUGACAACUAUACUGUUCUGUUUAUUUUUUAAAUUCCUAAGUCCAAAAAUAUUUAUAUGCAGAAUUUUCUGUAUUGAAAAUAUGAAAAGGCCACAAAUUUGGUUAGUUACCACUGAGUUGUUCUAGUCUAAGCCUAUUUUGCUGCUUGUGUAUCAUUCUUUUUCAAUGUAUAUAUAAUUAUGGACUGCAAAAAAAGGCAUUUACAUGUCUAGUAGAAGGAAUAAGCUUAUUUAUAUUAUAGUGUUAACAAAGUCUGAUGUAUUCAAGUGACUUAUGUUAUACCGCAUGCAAACACACAAGUGUACAUUCCAUCUGAAAAGGGAUGCCACGCUAUCUGUUCCUGAGAUGUAAGUGAUGCUGUUCUCUUUUCAGCAGAGUCUUUGCCAGCAUUCUGCAAUGUUAACAAAAGGAAAAUUGUUGAUUUUUUAAAAAUACACAGAUCAUUGCUGGCCAAAAUAUUGGAAAUCUAGAAUAUAUUCAGCUUCAAGCAGGGGCUUGGGAGAGGGAGGAAUGUAGAAUGGGCAAGAAUUGCUCUAAACCCCAAAGAUAUUCUGCCAGAAAAGAUAACAUCAGUAGUAACAAACUCCCAUCUAAUCUAAACAUGUCCCAAGUUAAUACCAAUGAAAGUGGACUCUUAGAACAGUGAAUCACAAUUGAUCAUAAGCCACAACUUUUAACCUGAUUUAUUGUUUGAUAUCUAAAAGAUAGACUCUGCUUUGCUUAUAUUCUGUGAAGUACAAAUGAAUUUUAAUAACCUGGCAUCCCCACCCAAAAAUUUGCACCAGCCACAUACGAACAUACAGUAGCUCAAUACCAUGUUGCAUUUGUGUUACACGCAUCAAGUGUGAAUAACGGCUUAUGCAGCUCAGGUUCUUUUCACAGAACCCUAAGUUUCCGUAUCUUUUAAAAAUGUUUGCUUUUCAGUAUUUUGUAUAGUAAAUAUAGAUGGUUUUGACUAAAUGCUUUAUUUAUUUAAUAGCAAAAACUGUGCCAAGAGAAACUCCUGUUAAUUAAAGUUUUAC